UUCAUGUGAUAAAAACUGCCGCGGAAGACAUGUGUUUCGACUUCCAUGGAAAAGAAGACGAUAAAUAAUAAAUAAAUAAAAAGAAGGGAGCAGUCACUCCUGCUCUUCCACUUCCCAAGGAAGUCCCUGUAUAUCUCUUCUGUAGAUUUGAUCUCUGCAAUCAAUCGGUAUAACGAUGUUUCUGUCAGAAUUUUGUUUGGUUUCGCGUUAAUGGAGUAAUCUCGUACUCUAUAUGAUGUAGUUGGAACGGUUGGAUUUUAUCUAUCUGCUUGAGUGAUUUGGUCCGGGGAAUUACUAGCCCUAUAAUCGCCAUGGAAAGUGGAAGUGGAUUUAUUGCAGAGACGAGUUCAUUUAAGAGUUUGAUUGCUGCGUUCUCAUAUGGAAUUUCUUCAAUGGCCAUGGUUUUUAUCAAUAAGGCAAUCCUGAUGCAAUAUGGGUACUCUAUGACUCUUCUCACCCUGCAGCAAUUGGCAACAACCUUGCUUAUACACUUUGGUCGAGUGUUGGGCCAUACAAAAGCUAGAGGAUUUGACAUCGUGACAGCAAAGAAACUAUUCCCAGUUUCGUUUUUCUAUAAUGCAAAUGUUGCAUUUGCUUUAGCCAGUUUGAAAGGGGUGAACAUUCCAAUGUACAUUGCCUUAAAAAGACUUACACCGCUUGCUGUUUUGGUAGCUGGAAUUUUCUCGGGAAAAGGGAAGCCUUCAACACAGGUAUCGCUUUCAGUUAUAUUCAUUGCUGCUGGAGUCAUUAUAGCAGCACUGGGAGAUUUCUCCUUUGACCUCUUUGGAUAUAGCAUGGCCCUGACCUCUGUUUUUUUCCAGACUAUGUACCUGGUACUGGUGGAGAAGUCUGGUGCAGAGGAUGGACUUUCAUCAGUUGAGCUGAUGUUCUAUAAUGGUUUUUUGUCAUUUCCAUUUCUGUUCUUUCUCAUCAUUGCUACGGGAGAAUUCCCAAAUUCUUUGUCAUUAUUAUUUGCAAAGGCUAAUUCUUUUUCAUUUUUGGCUAUGCUUAUUCUUUCAUUGGUUAUGGGCAUUGUUCUCAACUUCACCAUGUUCUUGUGCACCAUAGUCAACUCGGCUCUGACAACAACCAUUGUCGGAGUGCUUAAGGGUGUGGGCUCCACGACCCUUGGUUUUGUCCUGCUUGGUGGCGUGCAAGUACAUGCCCUGAAUGUGACUGGCUUGGUCAUCAACACAGCUGGUGGUGUGUGGUAUUCAUAUGCCAAAUACCAGCAAAAGAAGAACAAGACAAGGAAGGUAGAACCCGAUAUAGAAGCUCAUCAUAAUCAUAAAUAGAAAUAAGAAUGGGGGUUUUUUUAAUCAAUUACAAUGAAUUGUAAAGGAGAAACAAAUAGGACAUUCAUUGGAAAAGCGUAGAAUACGUGAUUCUUAAUUUCAAAUUUUACUGUGUAAUGAGACUUGGUUCUUUCUUAAACAUAAUCUAUAUUUCAGGAGUUAAAACUAUCUGAAGCGGAAACCAUAUUCAUUGAAGAAUGUAAUUUUACAUCUUGGUGGAUUUUUAUGCUUUUUUCUAUACAUGAUUUAGAGUUUGAUCGCAA